UACAUGACUAGCAACGUAAUAAAAGUGAGGGUUUGCGAGAGAAGCGGACAGAAAGACAGCAGACGCGGACAGAAAGACAUCCAGACAAGAUGAUGAUGAUGAAGAACCCUGUCGUGCUGGUGGCGUGCACCUUGCUUUUCUCAUCCCUCGCUGUCCUUGCAUCUCAGAGCAGCUUUGGCCCGGAAGAGUGCUGUUUUAAGUUUGCCUCCAAGCCGCUGCCUAAGAGGAAGGUGAUAAGCUACAAACACACGGAGGACCUGUGUCCAAUGAGGGGUGCGCUCUUUACGAUGCUCAGUGGCACACAAAUCUGUGUCGACCCAGAGGUGUUGUGGGUCCAGAACAUCAUGAAGGCCAAAGACAAACUCCAGGCUAAAAAUGUGACCACCUCUGUGCCCACAGAAUCCAACUGAACCAAUGUGUUUUGUAACACCUCACUUUAAAGCUCAUGGUGGUGUAGUGGUAACCAGUGAUCUCUCUUCAUAGCUCUCUUUAUUUUUAUAUAGAUUGUUUUUCUUACAUAAAUGCAAAGUUACCCCUCAUUUGACUUCUUUUUUUUAAUUAUUCUUUUGUCUUUUAGAUUUACUUUCAAGUGAUGUUUAGAUUAAGAUUAUAAACUCUCUUACAGUGAAUCAUGUACUAAAAUUGUUCUCUGACAUAAUAUAAAGAAAUUAUAUAUGAUGAUA